AAUCCGAAAAGCCGUUUUUUGUUAAUAGAUAUUGUUCCGAGUUUGAUUUAGACUAUCGUUAAUGUUUGCGGUUAUAGAAAUACCAAAUAACAUUAGAAUUUUUGUAACACUGUAAGUGUCUGGGCGCCAUCAUUGCAUACUCACCUACGCGAAUAUUCGUAUAGUUGGGACUCUCGUAAUAAAUAAUUCAGCAUAAAAAUAUAAUUCAUACAAAUAAAACUACUAUUACUUAAUUAUGAAUUUAUAGUGUAUUUAACAUAUAAAAAAAUAAAAAUUACAAUUAUGGACACUGAGGAUAAACAUAAAAUAAAUCACACAGAAGAAAUUGAUUUAAACAUUGAUGCUAAAGAUUCAAAUACAUCACUAACUGCUGCACAGCGAGCACGCGCAGAACGAAAUAGACAAAAAGCACGCGCAUUAAGAGAGGCACGAUUAGUGCAACGUCCAAACACCGAAGGAUGUCAAAGAAUUGAAAGAAAUGCAAUUCGAGCACUGGACUCUGGUGGCGGGUUCCUGCUGGAGGAGGAGCCUGCGCCUGAUGCAACGCCGUGCCUGCGCCCCGCUCCCGUUGUACACCGCUCGGAGCAGCCGCAUUGUCUUGUCUGCGAACUGCCCUUCCCACAAUCCUACCUAUUCGACACUUUCGACUAUAGCGUCUGUGACGCGUGCAGGGACGACGAGGACGCACACAGCCUCAUCACUCGCACAGAAGCGAAGAGCGAAUAUCUCCUGAAGGACUGCGACCUCGACUCCCGACCGCCAGCCCUGCGCUGCGUGAGGCGGCGCAACCCGCACCGAUCACGCUUCGCCGAGAUGCGCCUAUACCUGCGCGCGCAAGUGGAGGAGCGCGCACUACUAGUGUGGGGCUCGGCCGAGGAGCUGCAGCGCGAGCUGGAGGAGCGCCGCGCGCGCCGCGACAAGGCCGCCGACACGGCCGCGCGCCGUCGCCUGCGCGCGCUGCGCAUGGACGUGCGCUCCAGCCUGUACGACCGCACGCGCGCGCACCACGAGCACGCCUUCGGGCCCGAGAUCUACGACGCGGACGCGGACGUCUACCGCCGAUCUUGCGACUGCGGUCACGUUGAAACUUACGAGAAAAUGUGACUACAUAAUGAUCAAAGCCGUUUAAUUAAAUAACGUGUAUAUUUUAAUUUAAUACCGUACACGUGUGCAGAUGGAGAGCGCUCGACGAUGCGGUCGAGACGCUGUUGCUGCUCGAUCGUAUCGUCUUUAGACGCCUCGACCUCAACACGAUGUUAAUACAUACAAUAAAUUCGACGGAAAAACCAAAUGCAUAUUGUAAGAAAUACAGUACUUUUGCUAUUCUUAACAUAAAAAAGAUGAUAUUAAAUCUAAAUAAAAAAAAAAGUUGUUGAUCACCACCAU